CCCAGGAUGCACUGCUGGAUGGAGCACUGCAUGCUGGGAGAGAACACAGCGAAGUGGGUGCCUGGGAAGGGUUGUGCCUCCAGAGUGGCAGAGGAAUCACCAGUGGCUGGGUUUUGGCUACCAGGGUGCCCCCUCUACCCCAGAGGUGGCUGCCUACCUCCUCCAUUGGCUUCAGAGCUAGUCUGUUCACCCCCUGGCUGGCUGAGAGGAGCCCUGCAGGUGCUGGGGGGUCAGGUGCUUCCUAGCAGCCCCCCGGCGGGGCCGAGUCUAAUGUGUUGAGUCGCAGAGCAUGAGCUCAGAGCCCAGGACACUGCCGCUGGCGGGAGCUAGUAUUUGUGCCACGUAGUGACCUGGUGCCAUCUGGCUCAGGAGGAUCCCACCGCUGCCACAAGGAGCUUCUGAACUGGGGGGGCUUCAGGGGGCUUCCCUCCUGGCUUCCCUUCCGACACGGGGCUGGUGGGAGGGCUUUGACAGUGCCCCUCUCUCAACCCCUUCUCUGUGGGGUCCUGCCCCUUCUGUGGGCCUCAGCUGUAGAGAGACAUGGACAAUGGGGCCAGUAUGUUACCUGAGAGCCGGCCCCUGCGUCAGCAGCGGCCCCGCUCGCCCUUGCUCCUGGCUUGCGUUUGUGGCACUGGAUUAUUUAAAAAGCGGAGUGGAAGGGGGCAGAGAAUUCGAAGCUGGUGACUUGGCUAUACUGCAUCUGGGGAUGGGAUUCUGUCUCCCCUCCUCUCUCACUCUGUGUGGCCUGGCCUGAAGACUCCUUGUCUGUUGUGGACAUGCAGCCACCUCGGGGGUGGGCCGUGCAGCAGCAGCGCUACGCAGUCAGAGGCAACCAGCCCUAUCCUGGGAGAGCCACAAAGCCAGAGAAUGGCAUUGCCCCGACUGGUGUCUGGGCUGGGGGAGCUGGAAUUGUCAGGACGCAGGGCCGAUAUUCUGUCCAAAACCUGGUACCUGCAGCAGCAUGGUGCCCCCUGCUCCUGGCAGCGCGGUCCCCCCCGACAGGUGUCAGGGUCACCCAUCGGCAGCACGACACCCCCAGCGCUGCCCAGGGGUCAGCCUCCACUCGGGGAAGGGCGCCCCCUAGUGCCAGGCAAGGCCCAGCACUGCCAAAGGGCCCCCUGCCGAAUGAAUCGGCACAUGCUCUGCCCAAUGCGGUACCUGCUCCGGGAUCUCCGAAAAUGGCUCAGGCGGUGACUAGAAACAGCUGGGCCAAGCUGCCCUCCCUGCGUGGACAGUCUGAGCCUGGGGCGGCUGCAUUUCGCCCACCAUGGCUAACACCCGGCUCUGGGCCUGGGCCGCUCUGCUGGGUGCCCUGCUGGGGCUGCUGCAGGGGGGCCGGCAGCUGGGCAAGCUGGCGGAGAAGAAGCUGUGUGCGGAUGCUGACUGCAGCCAUCCGAUCUCCAUUGCGGUGGCCGUGCAGGAUUACAUCGCCCCCGACUGCCGCUUCAUCCCCAUCCAGCGUGGGCAGGUCGUCUACGUCUUCUCCAAGCUGAAGGGCCGUGGCCGGCUGUUCUGGGGUGGCAGCGUGCAGGGGGAUUAUUAUGGGGAGCACCCUGCCCGCCUGGGCUUCUUUCCCAGCAGCGUGGUCCAGGAGAGCCAGUACCUCAAGCCGGGGAAGGUGGAGGUCAAAACUGAUCAAUGGGAUUUCUCCUGCCAGUGAGUUCUGCCUCGGCCCCCGCUGCCAGCCUCGCUCGGCUCCCAGCACCCCCAGCUGGCCACCGUGGCUCCAGUGCUUGGCCCAGGUCCUGCUGCUGUUCCAGAGCCCUGGGGGCAGGAGUGAAUUUCCUUUUGCUGUAGCAAUAACACCCCCCUCUUGCCUUAGGGGCUGUGUCCUGGGGCAACUCCCUGUAGCUUUGCUCUCACCACCCUCUGCCUGCAGCCACUCCUAAAUAAAGCCUCCC